GUUAAUGCUUGAAUGUUAAUUCCAGGCGCAUGUUGUGGAGCACUUAGAAAAGUUUCAACUUCUUUGAAUCUCAAUCCCUUUUUACGAGUUUUCAUUUUGAGCCAACAUCCCGAGACUAAACAUACGAUUCGGUUAGAUCGUGCGUUACAGACUGGAUCGGUACGUUCACAUGUGCUAGAAUCCCUGUUUUUUGGGAAAGUUUCUCCCAGAGGAUGACGAGCAUAUCGAUAAAGUCGACGGCAAAUCGUGCCCUUCUGGUGUUCCUAUUGCUGUCGCUAAACCAAGGAACUCACGAGAAUUACACUCCAAGAUGUUUGCUCCAGCUACCAAAAAAAGGCAUUUGUAUAACGGCAGGACACGUGAACGAGGCUUUGGAUCUUGCCAUGAAGUCUCAUAGCGCACCGAACUACAAGAAUAACUACGUUGAAUUGGUAGGCCAUGUAGGCGACGUUCUCCAUGACACGACGCUGCUCCUCGCAAAAAAGCAUUACGUCCCGACGAAGCUGGCCGCGGCUGUGUUCCCUAUGAUCGACACGAUGCAAACCAACGUCCGUCACAUCUGUCCGAAACCCUUCGUGCCCGGAAGCAAUUACUGCUACUACUCCAAGUACAGGCGUUACGACGGCUACUGCAUGAACCCGCAUCAUCCGACUUGGAAUGGAGCUGGGACAGCUAUGAAGCGUUUCGUGGUCCCCCACUUCGCCGACGGCUUGUCUGCUCCGCGGGUUAGUUACCGCGGUAAGGAGCUUCCGUCUCCGCGAUUGGUCUCGAACGUGGUGCACCACGGCUACGCAGUGCGCCACGAACGCUACGUAAACACCGUCUAUGACCACUGGGGUCAGAUGCUGAACCAUGAAUUGACGGAGACUAAUACUCCUAAAUACGCGGGCAGAAGCGUUGAAUGCUGCAAAAGAAAGGAACACCAUGACUGCCUACCAAUUUACAUAUCGCCAAAGGACUACUUCUACUCCAAGUGGCAACGUACUUGCCAGAACUUCGUGCGUUCUCGCCCAGCCGUCCUGUACGGUUGCCCGUUGGGUCAUCGAACUGUCUUGAACGGAAACACACCUACAAUCGACGGCAGUGCAAUUUAUGGGUGGGACAAUUAUCGCGUCAAACAACUCCGAUGCGUUCUCGCCCAGCCGUCCUGUACGGUUGCCCGUUGGGUCAUCGAACUGUCUUGA